AUGGGAAAUAACUUAAGGUGUUGUUUGGCUUGUGUUCUUCCUUGUGGAGCCCUAGAUUUAAUCCGAAUAGUGCAUUUGAAUGGCUGUGUAGAUGAGAUUACACAUUCAAUCACAGCUGGAGAAAUUCUCAAAGCUAACCCUAACCAUGUUCUAAGCAAACCAAGCUCUCAAGGCGUUGUUCGUCGGAUUUUGAUUGUUUCUCCGGAGACCGAGCUCAAGAGAGGUAGCAUUUACUUCUUGAUCCCGACCACAUCUUUUCCGGAGAAAAAAAGAAGUGGAUCGGUUGUCAAUGACUCUAGUCUCAACGAGAAAACAUCGAAGAAAAGAACCACUAAGAGUGAUAGUGAUGAAUCAACAUCACAAUUACAACAUAUGGAGAAGAAAUCAUCACGAAGGGAUCGCAAGAAAGGUCGUGUUGGAAUAUGGCAACCUCAUUUAGCAAGUAUUUCAGAAGAUUAA